CCCCGUGUCCCGGCCGCCCCACGCAGCCUCCGCUCUCUGGGCCCCAUCUGCUGAGCGGUGCCCAGCCCGGCAAGAAGGCCAAGUCCUUCCCCACUGGGCCGGCCAAAUGUCACUGCUGUGCCUGUGCUGCCUGCUGACUGCACAGUGAAAGGACUGCUUUGCUUCUUCCCAACCCCAGCUGCCUCGGUUUCCCUUCUGGAGAGUGAGGCAGAGGUCUAGAAGGUGACUGCCACAGAAACUCCUGGAGGGUGUGUGGGCCAUCUAGGGACAUCAAGCCCUGCUGUCAAGACCAAUCACCCUAAGCCUGUCUGAGGAGCUCCAGGCUUGGGAGCAGCUGUGAAAGCCGCCUUUGUGCCUGAGGAGAAUGAGCUGCAAGAGGACUGGGGGCCUUGGCCCAGGGAACCCCUCUGGCCCCAGCUCCUGAGGCCAACACCAGCAGGGAGGACCCCCAGCCUGGUCCCCGAGGCCCACCCAGGCCUGGUGCCCACUCCGUGCCAUGGGAGCCACCCAGGGGAAGAAGAAAGAAUACUCACCUCAGGCCAUAUUUCAUAAUGAAAAUGAGAAGCAGAGACUAAAUGGUGCAGCCUCCAUGUACUCAGAGAUCCAGAGGGAGCGGGCAGACAUUGGCGGCCUGAUGGCCCGGCCUGAGUACAGAGAGUGGAACCCGGAGCUCAUCAAGCCCAAGAAGCUGCUGAACCCCGUGAAGGCCUCCCGGAGCCACCAGGAGCUGCACCGAGAGCUGCUCAUGAACCACAGAAGGGGCCUGGGCGUGGACAGCAAGCCGGAGCUGCAGCGCGUCCUAGAACACCGCAGGCGGAACCAGCUCAUCAAGAAGAAGAAGGAGGAGCUGGAGGCCAAGCGGCUGCAGUGCCCUUUUGAGCAGGAGCUGCUGAGACGGCAGCAGAGGCUGAACCAGCUGGAAAAACCACCAGAAAAGGAAGAGGACCAUGCCCCCGAAUUCAUUAAAGUCAGGGAAAACCUGCGGAGAAUUGCCACGCUGACGAGUGAAGAGAGAGUGCUGUAGAGCUGGCUGGUGGCACCUCAGAACCCCACAGCCCACCCCUGGCCCCCGCCCUCCCCCAGCCCCUCUGCAUCUGGCAGCCCUGGAACCCCAGGCCUUGGGACAUCUUUGAUGUUCACGCUUGCUCCUGUAAAAAUGCAUUGUCCCAGAGGGCAUGCCUAUCCCCUUCCCCGAACCCCCAAAAGCCUCCAGGAUUUUCCUUCUGAGCGCCCACCCCUCCUGCUCCAAGAGAAAGCCACUGCUGGGAAAACUUUGACAAAGCACCUCUUCCUGAAGAGGCUUCUGAGUCCUGCUGAGAUUCUCCUGGCGGAGUGGGGAAGGGAGGACAGGGGCCCCCUGGCCUGACAAGCCCUCCAUGCUGUGCAGGCCCCCGUGGGGCCCUGCUUCUCUGGGCAGCCUGACUCACAGGUUUCAGAGAGCUUCCCUGCUCAUGGUUUUACCUGCAGCCAGGUGUGAAGCAAGUAAUGGAGCAUUUGGGACACCUGCCUUGAAAGCCAACCAAGGGGAAAACAGUUCUCAGUUCUUGGUGAGGAAGGGCAGAGCAGUGCAGCCCGCAGGUGGCCUCUGGCUCACAUCCUGGCAAGUGGGAAAGGUACUAACAAAGACAGCUUCUUAGAAUUUGCCAGCCUUUCCCCCACACCCUCUCCUCUCCACAGCCCACCCUGUCCGGGCCUUGUAACCACACCUAGCCAGGGCUGCAGCCUUCCUGUUCCCAGACUUCUAGAAAAGCGCUUUCCAAACUUCAUUGUGCCUACAAAUCACUGGGGAUCUUGUUAAAAUGCGGCUUCUGAUUCAGUAGAUCUGGGGUGGAGGCUGAGAUUCUGCAUUUCUAACAGGCUUCUAGGACCACACUAAGCAGCAAAGCUGGAGCACCCAGGGGUGCUAAAUAUUGGAAAGAUCACCCCUGAAGCCAUCUCUACCCCCCAGCUCCCAUGGACCUGUGCCCUGGGGGUUCCCACCCACCUCUGCAGCCCUCGAGGCUCUUUACUAUCCAGCCCACCCCAGGGACCCCAGGCCUGAGAAGACUUUUAAAGCCUAGCGAAUUGUGUCAGGUAUGUGAUUGUGGUUUUCACCAGAGAUGUAUAAAAUUGCCAAUCUGCAUUUCCUACCAUACUGUUAAGGUACAAUUAUAGCCAAAAAAAAUUUCGUUACCUUUUCCUAAAACCUAUGGAGAGCAGAUAUACAGGGGUCCUACAGGUUUCUAGAGAUAGAACCAGCGGGUUGACGAGCCCACUGCCACCCUCACAGCCUGGCCCCGUGGAGUCCCCAUGUGCAGUCUCUGAACCCAAGACCACCACCACUUGGUUUUCAUCACCUGGGCCAGCUCCAGUGACUUCCAAAGAUCCCUCCCAUGGGACACCAAAUGUUUUCACCUUUUGCUCCCAUUUUUAAAGGUUUAAAGAAUAAAUCAGGUCUGUUUCUUUCUCUCCUGAAGAAUAAACCCUGCCUCUGGUUUUGUAAACCCACCGUGGAAGGCGAGCAAGCAGGGCUAGAAAAGCAUUUCUUUUCACACCCAGAACUGCCAGGAAGAGCUGCCACUGGGAUGCUGUCUGAUUCUUACCAGCAGCAGGACCACCCCAGGAAAGGGGCCAUCCUGGUCUCCCUCCUGACUACGUGAUCAGGAUGUCCUUUUCCCAUGUGCGGUGCCCACAUGGGGAUGUGAAUAGAGACAUGCUGCCUGUGUGUGUGUGUGUGUGUGUGUGUGUGUGUGUGUGUGUGUAAGUUGAGCUCCAAAAGGCUCUCAGAGAUUAGAGUGUGGUACCACUGUUUUAAAAGUCUGCGAAAUGAGUUGAUGCUCAGGAUGUAUUAUCCUUCAUAAAGACCACCACUGCCCCAGAGAAGCCACCUCAGAGGUUGAUGUGUUGUUCAGACACAUGAAGAGAAGGAUGAUAGAGUCUUUAACCUGGAGUAGGCCCCUUAGCAUUUUACUCAGGGGCCAUCAGGGGUGCUUCAUGGAGGUGGCAAGUUGAGGAGACAAAGCCCUAGAAUAGAAGGGACCUCAAGUACCAUCUGUCCCAUGGAACCAUGGCAGACACUCCCAUUUACUCCCCAGUGGUCAGACCCAACUCCUCUCCAGCAACCUCCCACUGUAGAGGUUGUAAAUCCAGAUUCUCACUGUUCCAGCCUCCUUUGAAGCUUGGAGUAAGCAUGUGACCAGGUAUGGGCAGUGAAAUUUAACAGGAAGUCUACAGAGACUUCUGUGAAUGCUUAUGCUCUUCUGAUGAAAGAGACAGAAAAUAGGUAACACUCCCCUGCCCCUCCCUUCUUCCUGCCUUGAUUGAGGAUGUGAUGCCUGGGGCCACAGCAGCCCCCUUGAUACAAUGAGGAAAAGCCCAAGAGGAUGUCAAAGACCUUGACCCUAUCAUCAUUUGACCGAGCCAAAUGAUGAUAAGGUCAAACCAGCAGCCAUCCUCAUCCAGGAUUAUUGUAAAUAAAAAUAAAGCUUUCUUUGUUUAAGC